CGCUGGGCGUGGGGCCUCUGUGGUGGUCCUGAUGUGCCCCAUGCCGCAUUGUCUGUAUCUACAGUCAACACAGAGAGCCGCGGCGUGGGGAUCAAGCAGAGUCAGCUCUCUGUGAGCUCCCACAUUGUGCAAGAGGAUGAAUUGUUGAAAGCCGUGAGAAGCAACGAACCAUUGCGUCUGACGUUCACCCUCCACUUGACCGAGAGUACGUCCGUCGAGUGGGAGACCGUGGCGUGGCGCCGUUGUCUAUACAUUCGCGUACCGAGCUGCCUUCUGCCCGAAGGAUCGAAGGAGGGUUUCGUCUCCCUGCUGGAAUACGCCGAGGAAACGUUGCGCUGCACCAAUAUCAUCGUAUGCCUGCGUAAAGAUAGAUCUGACCGAGCAAUGCUGGUUCGUACCUUCAUGUUCUUGGGCUUCACGGUCCUGCCGCCGACUCAUGCCUUGGUACCGCCAGGCAGUGACGCGGGCAAUCUCUACAUGCUCUAUGCCAUCGAGUAAUCGGCAAGCAGCUCGGCACCUCUCAAAUUUAACGCGCAGGUACAGAUCGUUAACGAGUUUGUAAGGUAUAGUUCCGGAGAGUGAGAGAAGCAUGCCUGGAGAGGGGAUCGAUUCGAGAUGCACUUUUCUUUUGUAUUUUAAGUUCCGUUGUAUACUUGCGUAUUUUUUUUUUACAUUGGAAAGUUUUUUUUAUUUUUUAUACAAUUUUUGAUAAGAAAAAGAACGUUGAAGAAUUUCAACGAUGCAAGAGAGAGAGAGAGAGAGAGAGAGAGAGAGAGAGAGAGAGAGAGAGAGAGAGAGAGAGGGGGGGGGAAAGACUUCCUCACGUCAGUCGAUCACAUCGGACAACACCUUGGCGUUAAAUUUCAGAGGCUUCACGGAGAAACAAAGAAAACUAUAGUCGCGAAUACGUAGAGAACGCGUACAUAAAAGGCUUUCGAUGGGUAUAUCGAUUCAUUCUCUUGAACACAAUGUUAAUAACUCUUGUAAGAGCAUAUAAGCUGCUGACAAAGCUUCCCACGUGAAGGAAUUUGACGGAAUAUGUUACUACGCAUCAACAACUGCACGUAGUGACCGGUCGUCAAAUUUUAGAGGAAAAUUUAUUAUCGACAAAUCUCAAUGUUAAUUGUGGCAGAUUGGGUAUCACCGUAUUAUUAUCAUUAUUAUCAUUAUGCAUUAAUGUAGUACAUUUCUUUAUAUUAUUUGUAAGUAUUAUCGAUAUGCGUACCAUAUGACUAGAUUUAAUAUCUGUUACGCGCGGAUAUCGGUGAAAUUCACCCAGUGAGUUUAAUCGUUUUCCAGCCUUCCAUUAAAGAUUGCAUUAUAUUUGAGAGAUGCAUCAGUUGACUUAUAUGCUUCUGAGAAUGAUGAUGUAAUGAUUUUUUCUUUAUACUGGUAGUUACGCAAAGUUCUGGUAAAAAAAACUGGUUUACAUUGGUUUACACCGAAGUUUGCGGAUUAAAAAGUCGUAAAAGCAGCAUCAGGAUAGAUAUAUAAAUUUCUGUCUGUAUCGAGAUUCAAGGGCUGCACAUUCAAGCCGAAAACUUGGCACGCUAUUUCGUUAAUUUUCGAAUAUAUUCGGAACGACGUACACAUUUCACUGCAAAUAUCUCAACAAUUCACAAUCGGAAGGUACUAGAUUAUUGUAGAACUUAUUUAUCGUUAUAAUCCUUUAUUAUCGUUAUAUUGUCUUAUUAACUUUUUUUCGUUAAUGGUAGAUUAUUUAGAUAUAAGUGAUAGCAUAUCUGGUAAUCCCCAAUCAGUUAACAUUGGAGAGAUCUUGCUAAUAAAUGCGUUCUUUAGUGUUGACUUGAUAACAGACAACAUGAAAAAUACAAAAAUGGCAAAAAAAAAUGAAAAAUAUCGGAAAAGCAAUUAAAAAAAAAAGUGUUAAUAGCUUAUUAGGAAAUAGGUAAAGAUAAGUACAGAGUGACGGACUAUUGUAUGUUAACUUCACGCAAAAAUAAUUAUCAACUCGCCUCAAGUUUUUAAAUUGAUAAAUAAUUCCGUGCGUUUUAUCUCCCGUCAGUUAGUAUUAUAUAUUCGUACCUCUGACCACACACACACAUACACAUACACACACACGAAAAAUGGAUAUGUAUGCUACGUUUCUUAUUCAUACAUGAAGACGUAAUUACUAAAUAAACAUUUAAUAAAACCCUU